AUGCAACAAAGUGGUAAUAAGUUAUUGGUAGGUGUUUCUUCCACAAAAUUUCCCAGGGAACAUUUCUAGUGCUUCCAGAAAUCUGCAAAUUUGAAAAAAUCGAUAAAUCGCCUCGCAUCAAGUUCAGCUGGCGGUUCAGGUGGUGGCGCGAGAUUAGUUGGUGUUUUGUUGGGCUCCGCAGCUGCUGGAACUAUUGGAGUCGCUGGAUAUGCGAGUUAUGACAAUGAUUUUCGAAAAAGUUUGGAAAAAUCGAUUCCGGCGACGAAAAAUGUGCUGAAUUAUGCGAUUGGAGCAGCGGAACCUGCACCAAUUUCAUUGAAGGAAUUGAGACCAUUGCAGAUGAAUAAAGAUGGGAAAUUGACGCAGUUUGAGGCGAAAUCAACAGAAAUUGUUGAGAAAAAGACAAUUGUUGUUGCAGAGCCAGAAAAACUGAAAGAAAAGAAAGUUGAGCUGAAAAAAGAGCUGAUUGGUGUAAAACAAGUUGACCCGAAUACAGUCACAGUUCAAACGGCGACAUCUGGAAAAAUUCGCAAGCCAAAAGCUGAAAAUCCCUACUUGGGAAAGGAAAAUUCGCUGGAAAAGAACGAACAACUCACCGAAGAGCUCAAAUCGAAGCUGAUUUCGGCGGAAAAAGCGACAAAAACUGCGACGACGGCGAAAUUGGAGACGAUUCGCGCGAUAGAAAAUCAUAUUCAAACGAUUCGCGAAGCGAUUGAAGGCGGAAAAGAUGGCGAUUGGGAUGCGGUGACUGUUGCUCAUGUUAAGGCCAAGCGAUUGACGGCGAAGGAUAUUGAGGCGGAAAAAGAGGCGCGGAAUAUGGUCGCAGAGUUGGUGGCGGUAGGAAUUUUUUGGAAAAUUGCUUGGCCACGCCCAUAAAACCGUGCCGCACCUAAAAAUAUGAUUUAUUAUUGGUUUUUGCAAGUUCCGCAUGGUUUUGUGGGCGGAGCUUAGUUUAUGAGAGCCAAAAUUGAUUGGAAAAUCAGCUGGCUCCGCCCAGAAAACCUUGCCGAAGCUUAAAUAAUCGAAAAUAUAUUGGCCACGCCCACAAAACCAUGCCGCAUGGAGAUAUAGCAAUUUUUUGGUUUCUGCAAGUUUGGCAUGGUUUUGUGAGCGGAGCCUAAUUUUUGAGAGUCAAAGCUAAUUUAAAAAAUGUGUUGGCCACGCCCACAUAACCAUGCCGCAAAAAUUGAGCCAAAUAUCGCAAUUUUAGCCUAAAAUUAUCGAAUUUUCAACCCAAAACACAUGUUUCAACGCAAAAAAUCGUGAAUUUCUCAUUGGAGCGCGUUUGCUCACCCGAAUUCGAAAAAUUAAUUGAAAUUCCAUGGUUUUUGAGCCAGAAAAUGCAAGUUUUCACGAUUUUCAGCUCAAAAAUUGAUAUUUUUGCGCCUAACAUGGAUUUUCAAACAAUUUUUUGAAGUCGGGUGAGCAAUGAGAAAAUAUCGAUUUUUCCAGUAAAAAUAUGGUUUCUGGAUCAAAAAUCGAGGAAUUUCACGGAUUUUAGCCUGAAAGUAUCGAUUUUUCUUAUUUUUGGUCGAAAACCAUUAGAAUGAUUAAUUUUUUGAAGGCGGUAGAGCAAUUGCGCUCCAAUGAGAAAAUAGCGAAAAUGAGUGUUCCCCGCCCCUAAAACCAUGUCGCAAAAUUGCAAAUAUUGAAAUUCUAGGGUUAAUUUAAGCCCCGCCCACAAAACCGUGCCGCAGUUAAAUUUUUAACAUAAACCAUGCCGCAAAAUUGCAGAAAUUAAGAAUCAGAAGCUGUUUUAUAAGCUCCGCCCCUAAAUCCAUGCCGCAGGGAAGUUUUCAAACAUAAAUUAAGUGUCUCAUAGGCUUCUAAAACUGUGCCGCGAAAUUGCAAACAUCAAAAUUCGAGAUAACUGUAAGCUCCGCCCACAAAACCAUGCCGCAAAUUGCAAAAUUCAAAAUUAGCUAGGAUUUUGUUGAUAAUGUCGAGAUUUGCUUGAAAAAAGUUGAACAUUGAUAUCACCUAAGCCCCGCCCCUAAAACCAUGCCGCAAAAUUGCAAUUUUUUUCAAUUUUUUCCAGGAAGCCAACAUUGGUGGACAAGGUGAAACCACCCAACUAAAUCCAUUGGUUCCAAUCUCAAAAGAAACUGCCAAAAAAUUGUCGAAUGAAUUGGAUGAAAUGGUGACAAGUGUCAAAAAAAUCGAUGCGGAGCAGAUUUUCACGCGAGACUACGGUAGUUUGGUCGAGGAGAGUCGCAAGAAAUUCAUGUUGGAAUUAAAGGCUGUGCAUCCGGAGUGAGUUUGGGGUUACUGUAGAUUUUGGCGCCAAAAAAAUCAAUUUUUUUGCAGACUUGAUUACGAAGAUGGAAAAAAGAUGAAAAAAUCGGAUUUGCGCACAAUUUUGGCUCAUGCACAUUUAAGAGUCGAUCAACUUUCGCUCAAACUCAUCGAUUUGAAAAUGAACGAAGAGAAAACGCGUGAAAACGGCAAUUGAGGCAAAAAAAGCGGAUAUUUUGGAGAAGUUGAGAAUUGAGGCUGAGGAGAAUGCGAAGAAGAAUUUGAAACCGAUUAUUGUACCGGAGGUGGGAAUUUGGAGCAUUUUGAGCUCAAAUUCGGAUAUUUUUGCUGAAAAUAUGGAUUUUUGAAUGAGAAAAUCUGAAAAUUUGGAGCAUUUUGAGCCCUAAAUUUGACUAGAAAUGCUUUUUAGCUGAAAAUUUCGAUUUUUGAGCAUUUUCAGUCAAUUUCUAGCAAAAUUUGAAGCAUUUUGAGCCGAAAUUCAAUUAUUUUUGCUGAAAAUGCGCAUUUUUCUGAAACUUUGUAAAUUUGAAGCAUUUUGAGCCUAAAUUUAACUAGAAUUGCUUUUUGGCUGAAAAUUAGAGAUUUUCAGACAAUUUUUGACGGAAGAUCGUGAAAAAUCUGAAAAUUUUGAGCCUGAAUUUGAAUAGAAUUGAUUUUUAAAAUUCUCUAACAAUCUGGAGCAUUUUGAGCUCAAAAAUUGCUGAAAAUUUAAAAUUUUCAGAAAAUUUCUACCUGAAAAUAUCGAUUUUUCUUCCAGAUUGAUCACAAGAAAUUCGACGAAGAAUUAAAGAUCAAAAUCCAAGAAAUUCAACAAAAAUAUGACAAAAAAUUGGAGCAAGUUGUCAAAACUCAAAAACAACUAUAUGAUAUUGAACAUGCGAAUGAUGUGAAAAUUGCGGUUGAAAAGCAAAAGGAGGUGAGCAUUUUGAGCCUGAAUUUGAUGGGGUUUUGGGUGAAAAAUCUGGAAUUUCAGCCUAUAAAUUACUGGGAAUAUUGGGAAUUUUGGGAAUUUUUAUGAACUCAAAAAAUUCACUGUUUCAAAAGUUGUUCAAUUGAAUUUUUCUUGGAUUUUAUUCAAUAUUAAAUUCCCAUUUAUCACCCAAAAUUCACAGAAAAAUUUACUGUUUCAAAAAUUUUUUUGUCUUGAUGUUUGAUUCAAUUCCUUAAAGGAACACCAAAAGCUAAUAGUCACUCUAGCGUAUACGAAAAAACACUUCAGAACUCGAAAUAAUCAAUGUCAAUUUACAAAUGUUCGCAACAAGUAAAAAAAAAUUUGCAAAAAUGGUGAAGUUUGCGCCAAAAUAAAAAAAAGGGAAAAAAACCGUUUGAAUUCCCUCCUCAGAGGACUCAGAGCGAAGUGUGCAAACACCGUCACGGCAGAAUGCACACAAAAAAAAUAUUUUUUUUAUUUUUUUGUUUUUUCGGGAGUUUUCGCUUGUUUUUCACUUUUCAACGAUGAAUUCAUAUAUUUUUCAGUAAAUUGAUGUUGGCAAUUCUUCUCCCAACUGUCUCGAUCAUGUUUUCGACGGAGGAAUGCGAAAAUUCGUCAAUUUUCAGGCAAAAAGAGGUGAGCAUUUUGAGCCUAAAUUACAGAUUAUUCUCAUAAAUCACUGUUUUCCAGGCCUGACAAAUGUGAAAAAUGCAUAAAAACUGCUGGAAAAUCCAAGAAAGCCGUAGAAGUAGAAGAAAGACCCUAUGAAUAGUCAUGAAUCGAGGCUAAUUGGAGAGAUUUGAUGAAUUUUCAUGAUUUCAAGUCGGUUUCGAUCGAAAGUCGUCCUUCUUGCAAACCAAACUCACCAAAUACACUUCUUCCUCGACGAUUCUGCUCAUCAAUGUUCUGAUCGCGAUUACUCUAUACAUUUACUCUUUUAAAAUCUGUUUUCUGUCAUUUUUCAAUAAAAUUUGAUGAAAACCGGUUUAUUUGUUUAAAAAAACGAAUUUAUCAGAACUCCGACCAUUCAAAAACAACUGUAGGCGCUCGAAAUUCGUGGAUGUCAUAUUUAUUUCGAAUAUCAUCAGGAUGUGUUGGAGAAACGAUCAAAAUCCGCGAUUGUAGGUUGAAAACGCAGAUUCCGACCAAAUUCACUUAUUUCGCCACGAAUGUUCUUCCAAUCUGCAAUCAAUACGUUUUGUUGAUAACCAGAAUAUCGAAUUUACUACUUAAAGUCGUCAUUUACUAUGAGAAACAAAGAAAAAAUGGAAAAACGCAAAAAAUAUUUUUCGAAAACAAAAAAAACAAAAAGAAAACAACGACAUUCCGCUCGCCUGGUGUUUAGCGCAAAAGGCGUGGCAAUUUGAUUUUGAGUUUUUUCAUUUUUCCACAGAAAAAUAUUUUUUCCUCUAAAAGUUCAGAAUAAUUUUUUCAUCGAAAAGUGAGUAUAGGGAAUGAAAGUAGGAGUAUUAAAGUGUCUGUUUUGGUAUGCGCGGCUUCACCUAGCGAUGUUGACCUUUUAGUUUUUGGUGUUCCUUUAAUUUUGGUUGCAGUACUGAAAUUCAUUGAAAAAAAUUCACUGUUUCAAAAAUUAAAGAAUUUUUCAAAAAAAUUAUUGGUUACGAUAAUAUGAUUUCGAGAAGAAAAUCUGAAAAUACAGCUAUUUUUCAUCAUUUCAAGUAUUGCCUAAUUUUUGCAUUGAAAAUUUCUGAAAAUUCGAAGUUCCAAAGCUUAUAAAAUUUACUGUUUCAAAAAUUGUUCAAUUGAAUUUUUUUUGAUUUUUCAUUCAAUCUGGAGAAUGGCUGUAAUACUAAAAAACUGAAAAUUUCAUUCUGAUGUUAUGAAUUUUGAUAUUUAAUUUCACUGUUUCAAAAAUUGUUGAAUUAUUUUUUAAAACUUUGUUUGAUGGUUAUGAGUUUUUGUUUCGUUGAAAAAUUGAUUUUUGAGAAAAAACAAGUUAAAUUUCACAAAAUUCCCAUUUUUCAACGAAAAAAUUCACUGUUUCAACAAAUUUUUGAAUUAAUUUCUCCGAAUUUCUGAUUGAUUCCUCAAUGAAAAUUUACAUGAAAAAAUAAAUGAAAUUUCAAAAUUUAUUUUGGGAAAUCUAGACAUUUUCACUCCCUUUCCCCCAAAAAUUUUAUUUUUUUCCAGAUUUAUUCUUCUCAAAUCGGAAAAGCUUUGGCUCAAUUGGAAGGAAUCGAAAAAGCAUUGGAUGGACACGUUCAAAUGGAUAUCGAGAAUCGAAAAUCGAAACAAAUGUGGUUGGCGACACAAAAUUUGGUGGAUACUGUGAAAUUUGGGAAUCGAUCGAAAUGUUGUAUGGAAGGGAAGAAGAGCACCGUUGGGGGAGCAAAUGAAGGUAAAAUUUGAGGGGGAAAAUUGAGAAAAAUGGGGUUUUCUGGUUGAAAAAUAUGUGUUUUUUGAGCCCAAAAAACAGGGAAAAUGAGAUUUUUGAGCUAAAAAACCUUCAAAAUCUCGAAAAUAUUUACUAGAAUUGUUGAAACAGUUAAAUUUUUUCGAGCCAAAAAUUGAACUAAAAAUUCAAGAAAAAUGAGAUUUGAAAAAUUUACUGUUUCAAAAAUUUCAAAGUGUUCUGUUACUACAGGAAGAAAACGUUGAAUAAAUAUCAAAAAUUCUUAAAAUUCAUGAAAAAAAUUUGUGUGCUAAAAUAGUCAGAAAUCCAGAUUUUCAUUCAAAAAUUGAGAAAAACCCAAAAUUGUUGACCUAAAAUAUGUAAAAAUUUCACUGUUUCAAGGUUUUUUUGAAGAAUUUUUUACGAAACAUCUUUAAUUUUUUGUUUUCUUCUCUUUUGGUAUAUUAUUCUGGAAUUUUAAAACCUGGAAAAUUACUGUUUCAAGAAUUACGGAAAACAUUUUUUUUUGCUUUUCAAAUGUUGAUUUUUUUCCAUUAGAUGAUUUCCACAUUAAAAUAAAUAAAGUAAUUUGAAUUUUCAAUGUUUCAAAAAUUUUAUUAAUUUUUGCAAUUUUCUUCCUGAGAAUAGUGAAAUUUUCAACCGAAAAACCGCGAAUUUUUAAUUUUUUAUUAAAAAUAAUAAGAUCUUUGAAACCUCAAAAAAAUUAAUGUUUCAAAAUUUUGACGAAAUAAAUUUCAUUUUUCAAAUUUUGAUUCUUCUGUAUUUGAAUUUUCACUGUUUCAAAGUUUUCUUGAAGAAAUAUUCUCGAAAUUAGUCUAGUCUAGUUCUCUUUUUCCUUUUCGGUAUAUUUUUCUGGAAUUUUGAAACUUGAAAAAUUACUGUUUCAAAAUUUUAAUGAAAUAAAUUUUAUUUCUCAAUAUUUGCUCUGCACUGUUUCAAAUAAUUUUUAAUUUAAAAUUUUGAAAAUUUGUUUUAUUUAUCACUUUGAAAACACGUGUAAUAUAUUUCAAGUUGAAAUUGAAGGCUUUCCAUUUUCUGAAUUUUCGAGGUUAAAAAUUUUUGGAAUCUGAAAAAUUUACUGUUUCAAAUUUGUUUUUAUUGAAAUUUCGAAAUUUGAGAAUUAGUGUUCCACCUGUCGUGUAAAUGAUAUUAUUACUACAAAAUUUUUCAAAAUAAAAUUUUAAUUCAAAAAAAAGUUCUCAUUUUUUUGAAAAAUCAAAAUUAUUUACAAAAAAUCCACUGUUUCACCAGAAAAUCUCAUCCAAAUUUUUUUUUUGCAGGUUUUGAUGAAAUGUGCUGGAAAUGA